AUGGCGACGUCUUCAUCCGCGACGCGGCCGCGGCGGCGCAACCUGACGUACCGGCAGAAGCUGGCGAUCGUGCAGAAGAAGGAGGAGGAGCCGUCGUGGACGCAGCGCGCGCUGGCGCUGUGGGCCAAGGAGCAGUUCCGCCUCGAGAGCCGCCCCACGCAGGCCACCAUCUCCAACCUGCUGCGCGGCAAGAGCAAGCUCCUGGCAACGGCCGUGCCCCCGGACUUCCGCUCGGCGCGGCGCGUGCGCCACCCGGAGCUGGACCGGCGCGUGCUGCUCUGGGUGCACGAGCAGCUGCGGCUGCAGCCCGUGACGCGGCUCGCCAUCCAGCAGCGAGCCAUGGACCUGGCGAGGGAGAUGCAGCUGCCCGCCGACCUGAGCUUCUCCAAGGGCUGGGUCAGCAGCUUCGUCAGCAGGCACCAGCUCAGUAUCGGCAGGAGGGGGGACCCACCCACUCUACAGCAGCAGCAGCAGCAGCAGAGUGAGGUAGUAAUAGUCACAGAGGAGCAGGGGCAGGAGGAGGAGGAGGAAGAGGUAGAGGAGGAGGAGGAGGAUCACUCGGUGGAGGUAGAACAGGAGACUCAGGUGGCGGAAGUGGCAGAAGAAGAGGCAGAAGUUCAGGAGGGGGAUUCUACUUCGCUGCAGAGUGAGAGGAGGGAGGAGGGACGCGCGACCGCGGAGCUGCUGCUGGAUUGGAUCGCGGUGCCCGGGAGCUACUCGAGGUGGUGGCUGCUGAAGGACGAGGAGGAGAAGGAGCCGCUCUGUGGGGAGAUCAACCUGUUCCUGCGCUCGCACGGACUCCGGGGCAUGAGCGGCGCGGACAUCAGGCAGCAGCUGUCGACGUUCGUGAUGACAUUCCAGGCGGCGCACACGUGGCUGAGGCAGACGAGGGUCGAGUACCCGGCGGAGGUGGAGGAGAUGACGCUGGAGCAGGAAGGAAUCAAGAGCCACGUGCGACACAUGUGCCCGCACUACGAGAGACUCGCGCCCGUGCUGGCUGCGUACGUGGACUAUGAUGACAGUGCGGUAGAUGCAGCUCAAGGUUCCGAGGUGCCGGCUACUGCUACGGUUGAAGCUGCAACUCAAGUUAGUAGUGAAGUUGCAACACAAGUGAGCAAAGAGGCUGCAACUCAAGAGAGAAGUGAAGCCCAAGUGAGCAGUGGAGCUGCAACUCAAGUUAGCAGUGAAGUUGCAUCGAGAUCUAAGGUGGGUGACGUUGAUGAUGCUGCUGAUACGCCUCCAAGACCGGCGAAGAAACCACGGCGACAGAGCACGGGGUCUACUGCCGCUGCUGCUGCUGCUGCUGAAGACGACAGUGAGGACGAGGCCAAGGCCCAGAAGAGGCGGUUGUUUGAGCUGGAGUGUGCGCGGCUUCAGUCCGAGAUUGAGACGAGGAACGUUCAGCUGGUGCUGGAGAAGACUUUGGCACGGAAGAAGCUGCUGGACGCUGGGAUCUCCGCUGAAGAGGUGGAUCGCAUCUUCCCACUGUGA